AUGGUUGGAGUCCCACGUAGCAGCGGCUGUCAAAUCUGCGUGCAGCGGCGGGUAAAGUGCGACCUAACCACCCCCGAAUGCCAACGCUGCCAGCGCCGAGGCCAGAAGUGUCCCGGCUACACGAAACGAUGGAAAUUCUACGACCAGACAACCUCCCAAGCCCGAGCCCACAAGCCCACACACCGCCGGGCUCCACAGGCCCCAGACGUCCUGCAUGGCGCACCUCCACCCGCCGGAUCCCGUUCCGCGCCCCUACCCAUCCCAGGCCUGGCCCUGGUCCGCCGAUGCAGCAGCAUGGACGAACGUGUGGAGCCGAACCUGGCGGCCUCGGCGCUAGAUCUGCAGCAGCAGGAGGUGUUCUGCCAGUUCCUGCUGCGGAGCUUCCCCGCGCAGUUCGCGUCGUGUGGGGGCCGGGUCGAGGUUAAUUGGAUGGAUUACGCGCGGCGACCGAUCGCGAUGACGACCAGUGGGCCACAGGCGCUGGUCUGGGCGUUCCGUAGCAUCACGACCUUCUACGUGGGCAGGAUGAACGCGGACACGGACAAGAUCACGUGCAGCCGGCACAUGUACAGCCGGGCGCUGGGGUAUCUCGCCGGCCUGAUCCUGCAUCCGCGGUACGCGCGGCACGACGAGACGCUCGCGGCGGCGAUCCUGCUGACGAUCUACGAGAUGCUGGACGCGACGGGCGAGGCGUCGUGGCUGUCGCAUUCGCGGGGGGUGUCGACGCUGAUCCGGCUGCGGGGGCCGGCUGCGCAUCGCGCGGGGUUCGGGCUGACGCUGCUGAAGUCGUGCCGGUCGUUUCUGGUCGCGGAUGCGUUUCUGCGCGGCGACGCGUGCUUUCUGGGCUAUGACGAGUGGCGCGCGCUGAUGGAGGAGAUCGCCGAUGCGGAGAGCCUGGGUCUGGUCAAGAGCGAGCUGGGCCUGCUGGUGGACCGGGCGUUUAUUGAGAUUGCGGCGUGUCCUGGUCGACUGGCGGAUACGCGUGCGCUGCUGGCGCAGGGGAGCGUGGUGGCGCCAUCGUCGCGCAACGCGCUGAUCCGGACGAUUGUCUCGAGUCGGAAUCUUCUGUCCCACCUCCGCUGCAAGCUGGAACUCGGCGCGGUCAAGCAGAAGAAUGACGAGAGCUUUACGGGGCCGAUUCCGUGGAACUUUGUCGACCCGUUCGCGCAGUCGUCGCUGCAUGGGAUCCGCUCGGGUAUUGCACUGCUCAGCCAGCUGCUUGUUCUCAUUGAUGCGGAUGCCCAGCGGCGACGCGGCGGGGGGCAUGUUUUGCAGUUGGACUAUGCGGUCGCGAGCGCGUCCAAUCCGUGGGCGGCGCUGGAACGAGAGUCGGUGUCGUGGCAUGUUCAGUUCGAUCCGGAGUUUGUGACGUUGAAUAUCGCUCCGGAUACACACGAUGACUGGAUGGACCGGGUGGCCAUGUCUAUGGGAAUGCUGGGAUUGCGGCUGUAG